UUUUCCAUCUUUCAUCACACAAUGGGGAUUUGUAUCAGCUUAGUUUGCGUGGAUGAUCCGAUCGUCUGAUAUCUAAUCUAAUUAACCAUAUCCUCUUCUAGACCCUCCCUUUAGUUUGCAGCUUCUUCAUUCAUACUUCACUGACUGGUCGCAACUUUCGCCUUUCCCCGCUUCCAUUUCUCUUCUAUCCUCACUGCUGGUUCAGUUUUUAAUUCUACCGGAGCUGGGCUCCUUUUGUGCGACAACAGAUCCCGACUAGAAAAAUCGGUAAUCGGGAAUGAUGGAGAGGGAUAUGGAAAAGGGCGAGUUUGAUCCAGCACGGCCAGAGGAGAGCCAUGCUGCACCGGAGAAGGCACCGAGGAGGAUGUCGUUCGCGAGGCCCCCGCCGCCGCCCCCAAAAGACGAGCCCGCACGACCGAUGACGAGUUCGACGAAGCGGCUGUCCUUUUCGACGACAAUGAGUCAACGCAAGAUCAAGUAUGGGACUGGAAGACACUCGCAAACAGAACUGAGUCCUCAGCCGAAUGAUGACCCAGAUGAUCCGUUGAAUUGGCCCCAAUGGAAGAAGGAACUCAAUUUCAUCGCUCUACUAAUGACCGUAGGCCUGAUCGGAGGGAUGAAGACGGCAUACAUGAGCGUCAAUAGUGUUCUCGCCGUCAGGUUUAAUGUCUCUUAUACAGCAGUGGCAUCCUUGACGGCCGUACCGCUCGUCCUAUCUGCCUUCACAGGUCUCUUUAGUCUGGCAGUGUCAAAGAUAUGGGGAAAGAGGCCGGUUUACUUGGUCUCCAUGGUGUUGAUCUUCAUCGGCGCGAUUUGGAACAUGCGCGCAGGCGACAGCUUUGGGCAGUGCAUGGGAGCGCGCGUCUUCCAGGGCCUCGGUUGGGGUGCCUUUGAUACACUUGUUCUCGGUUCAAUACAAGACACUUACUUUGAACAUGAGCGCAGCGCUCGCAUCACGACUUACCACGUCCUUUCAAUUUCAACGACCUGGGGAGCCCCCUUGUUCGGUGGCCUGGCCUCGUUCGACGCGGGCCGCUUUACCAUCCAAUUCGACAUCAUCAACGCCUUUCAGAUCAUUGCCAUACCGCUGAUCCUCCUUGGUGCUCCUGAAACGACUUACGAUAGAUGGUCUAGUGGGAGCAUCGCCCAAACCCCUGCGUCCGGGGUGUGGUGGAUGUCAAAGGCCCCGAAACCACUCGGAAAGCCAUCUGUCGAGGAAGUCAAGGCUUACCUGCGUACCAUGAAGCCUCUCUCCUUCUCCGGCAUGAUGGAUGUGCGCACGAUUCUCCAAGCCCCGCGAGCUUUCGUCGCGCCCACGACCAUUCUGCUCUUCGUCAUCACCUUCAUUCCGUACUGUGCGCUGUGGAGCUUGACGGAAUCUCUGUCGCUCCUCUUCUUCCCCAUGCCAUGGAUGCUCCGGGAGAACAGCAUCGGCUCUCUUAUGGCGGCACCCUUUAUUUUCGCGAUACUUACCGCUACUGGCCUUUCCGUUUAUCAGAAACGCAAUGUCGGUUACUCCCCCUACCACACCUUUUGCAGCUUGGCUGGCGGAACUGUCCUCGCGGCUACUGGCAUCCUUGCAUUUGGACUCAAGACGCACGCCGUCAUGUCUGAGGUAGCUGACGAGGACCCUGCCAGCGUCUUCAAAUUAGAUGGCGUAGGCGCACAUCUCUCCUUCCCUCUCCUGUCCUUCCUGCUGGGCUUCCUGGCUGCAGGUGUCACGGUCAUUGACACCGCGAUCCGCCCCAUCAUCUGGCGCUCAACGGAGUUCACCUCGUCUAACAUGAACGUGUGCCUGCGGAACGUGGCUGAUAUGGAUGCCGGCGUGACAUGCUGGAGGAACUUGUUCGCCGGCGUCUUUGUCAUGACGAUUCCUAAUGCGAUUGUCAUGUGGGCUGGUCUAAAGUCGACUGUUAUCGGGCUCGGUGUCGCCCAGAUCUUGGUCGCGAUGGCGGUGUGUUGUACGUGGUGGUUGAAUGACGAGCAGGUGAGGAGGAUGGACGGACACGUCAUGGGCCUGGUUGAUUUAAGCAUGUUGAAGAGGACUGGGAGCUUCUUUGAUAUGGACUGAGGGCUGCGUGGUCGUGAGAUGUUUCGACUAAUGAUUGGGAAUGAUGGGAUAAUGAGCCCAAGACAAAUGAAGGCAGUGGUGGCACAUGUGGUAGCGCCUGGCUCAGUCGGGCUGAGUCGG